CCCCUGCCCGUUGCUGCCCCUCCCCUGCCCCCUCAACUCCCCUGCCCCCUGCCCCCCGUACACCCCACUCCCGUCCAACCGCCCCAACCCUCCCCCGGCUGCCCGUUUCCGCUCUCCACCCCCGCGACCGUGUGCGGCUUCCAACCGCCCACGGUGGUGGCGCACGGGGCGUUCUUCGCGCGGGCAAGCCUCCCCGGGGGCCCCCCACCCCGCUGACAUCGUUUCACACCCCCUGCCCCCUCAUGCCAUCCGCUCCCCCCGCCCCUACCCUCCGCGUGCCCGCUCCCUCGCCGCCUCUUUUGACCCUCCCUGCCCCCCUCGCCGUUACCCACCGCUCGCCAUUCGCUCCUCCCCUCCCGUGCCCUCCCCUCGUUUACCUUCGCCUCCCCCCUCCCCUCCUCUGCUGCACGCCUCUUCCUUCCCCUCGCUAACCCACUCCACUCCCUGCCCCUCCUCAAUCCGCACCCUGCCCCUCGUUUCUCGCCCCCCUAUCGCUUGGUUUCUCCCCUCCCUGCCCCUCGCCGCCUUUCUCCGCUCCCCACCUCCCCCCUCUCCCUGCCCCCCCACUCUCCUCCACUUGCCCUUGGCUUCCCACCUCCCUGCCCCACCUUUCCCCCUCCGUGUGCUCAGCUUCUCCCCUCCCUGCCUCUCCCUCCUCCCCGCCCUGCCCCUCAUUUUCCGCCCCCCCACGCCCGGUUUCUCCCCUCCCUGCACCUCCCUUUCUUUCUCCGUGCCUCUCCUUUGCUCCCUCCCUGCCCCCGCCUGCCCAUGCCCCUGUCUUUGGUUUCUCCCCUCCCUGCCCCACGUUUCUUCCCUCCCUGAGAUCACCUUGUACCCCUCUGCCCCUCCCUUGUUUCUCCCCGCACCCAUUGCUUCUCCCCUCCCUGCCCUUGAUUUCCCGCACCCCUGCCCUUGUUUCCUACCAUCCAUGCCCCUCGUUUCCCCUCUUUGUACGUUCACCCUCUUCCCUCCCUGCCCCUCCCUUCCUCCCCCCCUGCCCUUUGCUUUCCCCUCCCCCUGCCCGUUGCUGCCCCUCCCCUUGCCCCCUCAACUCCCCUGCCCCCCGUACACCCCACUCCCGUCCAACCGCCCCCACCCUCCCCCGGCUGCCCGUUUCCGCUCUCCACCCCCGCGACCGUGUGCGGCUUCCAACCGCCCAACGGUGGUGCGCACGGGGCGUUUCUUCGCGCGGGCAAGCCUCCCCGGGGGCCCCCCACCCCGCUGA